ACUUCAAAUCAUCGACACAUUUGCGCCAAGUUCAUUUUGCCAACAGUUCGAGUUCACCACAUUACUGUCUAACUGUAGCAUCAUCUGAAGUCACAAUGUGGCGCGGUGAGCUGUUGUUACACCUGGCUGCAGUCUUCAUAACCUUGGCAUCCUGUUCCGCAAUGUUUAUAUUCCCGGAAAAUGUCAUCGAAGCUGACGAACCUAUUGGUUUCGCGAAUUUAAAGAUAACUGACGUAACCGGCUAUGGAGGACGAGACAAACGUGACGUCACUAAUCAACUCCCAGAAUUCAUAGAAUGUGAGAUUGUUAUUGACGGUGAUCCUGUCAAACUUGUAUUACGUCGUAACCGGAACCUUGGUGAGAUCAGAAGAUUGUAUGUCAUGCGUAAUGGACUCGUCACAUCUCAAGCUGCUAUCCCUAUACAAGACGUUGAGUACUACCAAGACGUGAAAAAUGGGGCGGCUUUUGGAGUGACUUGUCAGAAGGCUGUGGCCUCUGCCUCGUGCGACUUUAAACUGGAAGGAGUUUUAACCAAGGGAAACAACUCAUACAUGGUCUACCUGAGUGAUCUUCAGGGUAAAACCCCGGGAGUGGAGUACCCGUACAAGGUUGUAAAGUUAAACCAGACGAUGAACUUCAGUGGUGACUACGCCUUACCUGACGAUAUUGACAAUGGCCCGAGCGCCCCACCCAGAAUUAUACGCUCACGGAGGGCAACUGGGAAAACAACUUAUACUGUUGAGCUGCUGAUGGUAACAGAUUCGUCAGUGUACAGAUUUUGGUAUGGGAAAACCUUGGGUAGCACGGACAAUGAAAGACGGUCCCUUACCCUGGCCAGGCUGAAAGAGUUCUACUCUUUUAUUCUAAAUGCUAUCGACCUUCGUUACAAAAGCAUAGACGAGCCAGAUAUGGCCUGGAAUAUUGUCUCUAGUGGUCUGCUGGUCAUGGAGGAGCCCUCUGAAUCUAACUGGACUGACGGGAUAGCGACAGCUAACCCAAAUGACGCCGACAGACGAACCGUCAACUCGGACCUGGCGUUAGAGUCUUUCACAUCCUGGGUGAAGGAUCGCUCUGACUUACCUGCCUCUGAUCAUGUGAUGCUAUUUACAGCGUACGAUUUGGAACGUGAAGGAUCAACUUCGAUAUCAGGUCUGGCCUAUACCCAUGCCAUAUGCUCUAAGCAAAGAACGUCGGUGUGUGAAUUAACGUUCGAUUUCAAUGGAAUUACGGUUGCUGCGCAUGAAUUAGGCCACAGCCUGGGGGCAGGGCAUGAUGGCGAUGAAAAUGAGUGCAAAGCGAGUGACUACUUCAUCAUGUCACCAACUUCGGGGCCUUUCAGCCCAACAUCUCCGCAGAAUCCAUGGCGUUUUUCUUCCUGUUCCGUGGACUACUUCCGUUCUAUGAUUGCCGAUCUAAACACGCGAAGUGAAAACUGUUUGCUGUUGGAGACAACUUCCGCUGACCCCCCUAGUCCUGAACCACUUCCGGGUCAAAUAUACGACGUGGAUACCCAGUGUAUUUUCCUGCAGGGGAGCGGGUCUUACUUAUGUAGAGGAUUGUACAACGAAUCUACGUAUGCUAACAUUUGCUGGAAAAGAUAUUGCUCUAUAGUUGGUUCUACAUUAUGUAACUCAAGGUCCGCCCCAAGAGGAACCUCCUGUGGGGAUAGAAAGUGGUGCGAGAACGGUGCUUGCGUGUUCAACUCUGACGCACCUUCAGUUCCAGAUAAUUGCCCGCACGGAGACCAACCGGGAGUUCUAACUAGUAUUAACAACACAUGCGCAGAGGCGACACAAGCAAACCCUUCCCUUUGUUAUCAAUCGUCCCACAACAGGCGUUGUUGUCAGUCGUGUAACGCUAUAAGAAUGAGUGUGACAGGUUGUGAGUAUGGAGACAGAGUUACUGGCUGUGAUCCACGAGGGUGUUCUACCUCCGAAAGUUACCGAUCGACUUGUUGUGGAACAUGUCAGGCAAGCACAACGACCCCUCCGACAAAGAAAACGUCCAGUGCUUCUCCACCCGCCACUACAUCCAUCUCCUCUACAACGACACGUAGAGUUGCUACUAUAACCACCGCUCCAACAACCAAAAGCACUGCUGCUACCACAACAACCGCUCCUACAACCAAAAGCACCGUUGCUACAACAACAGCUCCUACAACCAAAAGCACUGUUUCUACAACGGCUACUACAACUAAAUCUCCUUCUACAACAAGUCCUCGAAUUACACCAACAACAACCAAACCCAACAAAGGUAAGUCAGAUGAAAGGUAACUAUAAAGUCCUUUUUCGGAUCAAUGCAAGCAGCGGUGUGGUGUUUUUGUAUGAUCGCGCAAUCUUUUUCAGUUGGAACUGUCGUCUGUACCAUCUUCUUCGUAGGAAAUAGCUACAGAUUGUAGCACUGGACAGAAUGCUUUUAUUUCUAAAAGAACAAAUGAAAGACAUGUCCACUACAAGGGAAAAUGAAGAUGGCCAUAUAAGAUGGAGGACAGGCCUGGGCGAGAACAAAACUACGACCCUCCUAGGGUAAGUGCAAAUAUCUUGUCUUAUCUCUCAUCAUAUGCAUUCGGAUCGGAGUGAACAGAAUUUCACCACUCAAAGUCAUAUAUAGACUGACGUUAUUGCUCAGAACUUUGUUUUAGAAUCCACAGUUUGUAAACAAAACAACAUUCAUCAAUUGAAUGAUCUGUCUUUUUAUUACAUGAUUGUCUGUCAUUUUAACACACAAUCAGUUUGCUUAAAAAGAUAUCCCGUUUUCCAUUACACUAACAUUUUCCAUUCCUUUCAAAACCAUACUUCAUUCAAAAGACCUGGAUAUUAAGAGUUUUCCAAAACUAUUGUGUUUAACCAAGUAAAAAGCAUUCGUUACGAUUGUCCAGUGUUGAUUGAUAUCAACACACUUCGCUGAUAUUAUUUUAUCGGAUUCCGAUAGACUCUGACGUCAUAACUUCAUGCGACCAGGUUACCUGACGGCACACCAUGUAGGUUCAUUAACGUCCACUUGACUUAUAACAGAUCAGGACGAAUAAAUGAAAAGAAAUUACAUCAUAUGUUGCUAAAUUUCUUCCUAAUCACUCAAGAUUACAUUGUGUUUCAAAAUUCUAUCAAGUGUACAUAUGAUUAUGUUUUUGAUGAAGGCAGAGGCGAAUUUUACAGGGUUGUCACGGUAUUUAAGGAUGUUUUUAACUGAAAAAUAGACUUAAACGACAGAUGUUUUAUACAUGUGUAUUUUUGGUGACAUUGAUAGAUUUUGUCAUAUUCAUUAAGAUGAAUACCGGUAGACCUUCAGUGAAAUCAGCGGUUCGUCCAGACAACACAUCUGUACAGCCACUUCGAACACCUAAAUCCGACUGGCCCACUCGUCCAGCGGUUCGUCCAGACAACACCUCUGUACAGCCACUUCGAACACCUAAAUCCGAC